AUGACAGCCAUCAGAGCCACAAUUCCACAGAGGAAGAAGGAAGAGGCCAAAACUCUUCCUACAAGACAGCAUGUCUUCCUUCCCUGCUUUGAUGUUCUACUUUUCCUGUUGUUGAUCUCGGCCCCUGUCCGUGUCGCCGUGCAACCGUCCGAUGCCAGCACAUGGUCGUUGCUUGACGCCACCUUCUCCUUCUGGCCCAGCGUGGCCAUGGUUGUUGGCAUCUUCACCGUCAUGUUCUCUGUCACCUUCCUCCUCCUCGUAUAUGUCAAGUUUUUCCGGUUCACGGUCGUUGAGCUAUCCAGAAACGAGGGCUUUCUCCUUCCGCAGUGUCGGUUCUCGGGCAUCAACAAGGCCGCGGUCGAGUCGCUUCUCGUGUUCUGGUUCUCGGGGCUGCGCGAUGCGUGGGAUGGCCUUGAAUGCAUCGUUUGCCUGUUUAGGUUCGACGGCGCGGAGCUCCUCCGCCUGCUGCCCAGGUGCAAGCAUGCGUUCCACAUCGACUGCAUUGAUCGCUGGCUGGCGGCUCACUCUACCUGCCCGCCGUGUCGACGCAAGGUCAACGCGGAGGACGACAAUGCCGUCUUUGAGUACUUCACAAGCUCCCGGUUCCUGUUCGCCUCCUGUCGGCACGAGGAGGCGGUCAACGACGUCGAUCGUGUUGGAAGAAGCUUUAGGAAGAUCAACAUACCGGAUGAAGGCACGAACAGGGCUCAAGCAUAA